AUGGGGGCAGCAGCCGAGGUUGGGAGCUUCAACGGAUUUCUGGACAGCUUUGGUGGCGCUCCGGCUCCCGUUGGCUCUCAUUUUGUUCUCACCCCAGCCGGGGCGGUGGACUCGGUGACCGGACUGAUGAUGGGUGGACAGGGGCAGCAGCAGGAUCACCUGGUGUCCGCGGAGAGGCUGUCCCGGAGCCUGGCCGACCUCAGCCAUCUGAAAGGGAUUCUAAGGCGGCGGCAGCUCUACUGCAGGACCGGCUUCCACCUGGAGAUCCGUCCUGACGGCACCGUGCAGGGCACUAGGAAAGACCACAGCAGAUUCGGUAUUUUGGAGUUUAUCAGUCUAGCAGUGGGACUGGUCAGCAUCAGAGGAGUGGACAGUGGCCUCUACCUCGCUAUGAACAGCAAGGGGGAACUGUAUGGAUCGGAGAAGUUGUCAGCAGAAUCAGUUUUUAGGGAGCAGUUUGAAGAAAACUGGUACAACACCUACUCCUCCAACAUCUACCGGCACGGAGACAAAGGUGCAUUUUACUUUGUUGCUCUAAACAAAGAUGGGACAUCCCGGGAUGGAACAAGAUCGAGGCGGCAUCAGAGGUUCACUCACUUCCUACCAAGGCCCGUAGAUCCGGACAGGGUACCGGAGCUGUACAGGGACAUACUGGGCCAGAGCUGA